AUUCCCCGAAAUCUUAUGUUAGUGCCGAUGAUCGUCGUGUUGUAUUCCCGCAUGCAACCGGUCCGGCGAUCAGUCAGUAGUCGAUCAUGAGAGCAUUCGCACUUGUGGGUUCCGCGUUGGUGCUGGGUUUGUUUUUUGCUCCGUCAGCUGAAGGAGCUGCAAAUUGCGGAGAAAAGAAGGUCGUUGUGCAGCAACUUAUUUCGAAUGGAUACCGAGCGCUGGCGGGCAGUUGGCCUUGGCACGGAGCCAUGUUCCAUCGGUACAGACAAGGUUUGACGGGCUACGCUUGCGGGGUGACGAUUUUGACGGAGCAGUUUGUGAUAACGGCAGCUCAUUGUACGAUCGAUCCGAACGAAAGGCAGAGACUGCCGGCUAGUCGCAUGUAUAUAAAAGUGGGCUUGAGCAAUCUGGACUACCCGGAGAAUCAUUUUAAGCAGCAUGAGGUAGACAUGAUCAUACGUCACGAGGAAUAUGACGAAAGCACGUUCGAGAAUGACAUAUCGUUGUUGAAGUUGUAUACAGAAAUCGCCUUUAAUAAUUACAUUCAGCCCAUCUGUCUGUGGCAGGGUGACACCCAGCUGAGUAAAAUAGUCUCGCAAGUAGGAUAUAUAGUUGGUUGGGGACUGAACGAGAACUACAAACUUCCACAAGAUUUGAAUGAAGCAACGGUUCCAAUUGUGUCGCGGAAGGAGUGCAUUGAGAGUGAUCCAGAUCAUUACAACAAGUUCUACUUCGAAUCAAAAACAUUCUGCGCAGGUCAUCGGAAUGGAACUCAUGCCGCUCCCGGGGACAGUGGAGGCGGUAUGUUUCUUCGAAUGGGCAACAACUGGGUUCUGCGUGGAAUAGUUAGUAACACAAAGGCAAACUUGGAGACCCUUAAGGUGGAGGCAGAUAGCUUCGUUGUUUUCACAGAUGCUGCAUUCUAUUUGGACUGGAUCAAAUCCAAAGUUACUAUAACUACAAGUUUUACUAUAGAUGCCGAGCCAAUUGUGGUUCCUCCAGGUUCCACUUCAACAGCUGAUUCGGGUAGUCAGGCCAAUCUGCUGAACAUCGCAAACUGUGGUAAGGACACUUAUCCUUCAGGAACCCCAGAAGAGUUAAAAGGAUAUUUGAAUCAGUAUCCAUGGUUGGCUGUCAUCGAAUAUAUUAAUCUAAACACCAGAGUUCUGGAAGAUGUGUGCCAUGGAGUUUUGAUUCAUCCAAGUUUUCUCGUCACCGCUGCCCAUUGUGUUAUGAAGAAACGACUUUCCUCCAUCCGCUCAGUCAGACUGAAUGACUACCGUCUGGACACGGUGAACGAUAUUUUCGAAAUUGAUGGCGACACGAUUCGCACCACAGCGCAGAGGAUCCCCGUUCGUGGCAUCUCCGUACACCCAAGUUACGAUACUCCAAAGUACGCCAACAGUAUAGCGCUGAUCAAGUUGGAGAAACCAUCCACCGCAACCCCAAUCUGUCUUUCACCGACCAGCGAAUCAACCCUUCCUCAGGAUAAGAAGUUCACCAUCAUCGGUUGGAAGCGGAACAACCGCAAGGAGAAACCCAUGAUCCGCAACGUGGUUCAGUUGGCGGAUUUCACUACGUGCAAAAAUAAAUACGCAGGGGAGAAUGUCCCGCUGGAUACCAGCGGGGGACAGGUCUGCAGCACCUAUUCGCAUGACGACGACAGUACGAGCUGUUCGCACUACUUGGGCUCGGCUCCGUUCCAAUAUGUGAAGAAUGGGCCCUUCGAGGGACGAUACUUCCUGGCAGCGAUAUCGAACUUCGGGCACAGCAAUUGUAAGCGGGACGAAUUUUCGGAUGUGUUCACCAACGUGGCGCACUAUGCGGACUGGAUUCGGCAGAAAGUGAAACAGAACGAGUAAAUGGGUUGGUUGGCGCCCACUGUCGGAAAAACGACUGCAAAUGGAUGAGAUUCGUAGUGAAAUUAAAGUUUUACAAACCUA